AUCUUGCUUUUUUGAUUUACCAAUCAUGGUUAAUUUCUUGAUGGCCAAUUUUGCUCGGGCGCGUAUCCCUGGCCGGCCUCUUGUAUCAGGGCGGCAAAGGCAUGAGCUAAUUCCUUGAAUCUUCCUUGAUGUGAUCUUCAGACCCUUUUCUCUAUAAAAUUACGGUGCAUGUGUGAGAUCUUAAAAUUUCAGUUUUUCACAUCACCAAAAGAUGGGGCGCAGAAGAAGAAGCAUGGAAUUCAUAAGCAACGACAAGUCUCGAAUGAUAACCUAUCAUAAGAGAAAAAAAGGUUUGGAGAAGAAGCUUUACGAGAUCUCCACUCUCUGUGGCAUCAAGGCGUGCAUGAUCAUCUGCGGUCCCAGACGAAAUGGCCAUCCCUGCGAUAUGGCAACCUGGCCGGAAAACGAUGAAGAUUGCGUCAGAAACUUGGUCAACAAAUUCAAGUCCAACACUAGCAGCGCACGUAAGAGAGGAACACAGGAUUUGUCCGACUACUUCAUUGACCGCAAGAAGAAUAUUGAAAAAGAGAUCUCAAGAAAGCGCUCGGAAAAUUGCAGGAGUAACAUGUUCCGGACGUGGGAUGAACGUAUGGAUUAUUUCUCUUAUGAACAACUAAGGAUAGCUCAAGGGUUUCUGGAUACGAAGAUUGAAGCAGUGCAGAGAAAAAUCGACAUGUUAAAGGCCGUAGAUAACAACUAUGCGAUGAAUAUUGAUGCAGCAUUAGAAAUAACAGGCAACUCCAACGUCUUUGGAUCAAUCCCAAGCGAUUUUCCUAACUACACUCAGGGCAUGCUUCAAACGAUUAACGUUGGACUAGAUCAGGCUAGUAACCUGCUGCCUAUGCCUGAAUCUUGUGUACAAUCACUGGAUGAUCAUAACGGCCUGCAGUGGCCCGAUUUCUAUUCAUCUUAUGAUCAGGGUGAUCAUUCCUCUUUGCUUCCGUUUUGUAUUAAUCCUUUAGCCGAUCCGAUGAAGGUUGUCAAGGUCGACGAGUCUUGUUCUUCACAUGGAAACAUGUCUAUUAGUACUAGGAUACAGUAUUAUCCACCGAACUACCCGAUCUGUUAUGAUCUGACUGUUGGAUUGAUGGAAAAUAUAUCAGUCAACAACUCCUUGUUGCCUCCAAUGUUCAAUUACAAUCCCAGCAUGCAGCUGAUUCCGCCUAUUAAUAUACAGAACCCCAUGAUGCAGACUAAUUUACCAGAUGAACAGAUGCACGGUCCUCCAGCGGAUAUGAACUCAAUCUAUACUUAGGUACACCCGGCAUCAACGAGUUUGAGAUCGAUGAAGAUGCAGCAACUAGAAAUUGAAGGUUCUGUCCAUCAGAUUUUGGAUCCCCGCUUCCAUUAUGUUCAAGGCGUCGCGUAGGAUCCACUGGCCAAGUAUGUUGCUUCGCUUCGUUCUGAUAGAACUUGCCGUAUUUACGUUAAUAAGCCUCAAACAAGAACAAAGGGCAUGGGAAAGAUGAAUUACGUUUGCCAGAAUGUCAUAACAAAGGCAGAACAUUCACCAGUAGAUACUCCAAAGUAAGGACAUAAUAGGACAUUCUUUUGUUUUUUUCCUGGGUUGUACAACAAGGCAUCGCAUCCUGUAAGUCUCAUGAAUGGUUUCUGGUGCAGUCUGCAUUAACAAUCUUUUCCACGAUGAAACAUUGCCAUCUUUCUUCAAAGAUUAG